AUGGCAAGCAAACUAGCUCCUCCUACACCGGCUACCGUACAUGUGUUGGCCAUGCCAACGUGGAUACAACAAGCGACCGCAGGCACUAUUGCUGGGUUGGCGCAAGUAUGCGUAGGCCACCCUUUUGACACCAUCAAAGUCCGUCUGCAAACUCAGCCAAACCCACCGCUAUACAAUAAUGCCACAGACUGUCUAAAGAAAACGAUAGCAAAAGAAGGGAUUCGGGGGUUGUACAAGGGGGUUACUUCGCCGCUAAUGGGAAUAGGGUUUUGUAAUGCAAUACUAUUCACUAUAAAUGGGCGCAUUAGAAAUGCGAUACAAGGGCCGGACAAAGAGCGACAGUUGACAUUAUCGGAAAUUGCCACAUCCGGUGCUCUCACAGGAGCAUUUAUGGGCUUUGUCAACUGUCCGGUAGAACUGGUUAAAAUCCGGUUGCAACUUCAGAGAGAUAAUGCGGUAAAACUCUAUAACGGCACCUUUGAUGCGGCCACUAAAAUAUAUGCACAACACAAUUUGCGUGGACUCUAUAGGGGCAUAACGGUAAACAUACUCAGGGAUAUGCCUAGUUUUGCCACAUAUUUCUUUGUCUAUGAAGGAGCAAAGAGAACGUUAGCGGCUCGAUACCAUAACGGAAACACAAAACAAUUGCUCUUGCCUGAAUUGUUGUUGGCUGGUGGAGCGGCAGGGAUCGCAUGUUGGAUUCCAUGCUACCCUCAAGAUGUCAUAAAGAGUCUAAUGCAGUCUGAUGUGAAUUUAAAGUAUCGUUCCUCAUUCCAUGCUAUCAAAACACUCAUAACUGAACAACGUGCACGCGGCAUGCCAGUUGUGCGCGCAUUCUUUAAAGGUUUUGGUCCGACAAUGGCACGCGCGUUUCCUGCAAACGCGGCCACAUUUUUCGCUUAUGAAAUGGCAAUAUCUGCUAUGGAUGCUCGUGAUCCCGAUGAGGAACCACGAGGAGAGUUCAAUUAA